GAAACUGGAAAACUUACCAGGAAUUAAUACAGACUUUGAUAUCUGACAUCGGGAUGGGUGGUUUCUGAAUACCGUAAGCAGUGUGUUACAAGAGGAUGGCUACAGAUCCAUUUAUGACUUUUCUCUGUAAAGAGAUUUGUCAGAAACUUUCAUCAGAUGACAUCAGGAGAAUGUCGUUUUGCAUUAAGGAUAAAGUUAACACUCAGGACCUAGAAAAUGCCAAGACAGGUACGGAGCUGUUGCAUAUAGCAAUGAAAGCGAACCUGUUUACGGAAACCGACACUUCAGGCCUGGAAGAUAUGCUCGACGCGUCCGGAAGGCAGGACCUUGUGGGGAAAGUUCAAGAAUUCAAGACUAACCGGGUGGUUUUACCUCCAACAAUUAAAGCCCCCUGCAACCUAGACGAGGCUAUGAUAGGAAGAAUGCAUAUGGAAACAAUAAAUCCAGAGAACUUACGGAAACAAUGGAAACGGAGGAUGGCGUUACACUUUCGGGUACAACAGGCUCUGGAAAGACUCAUCUUGCCGUAUAUUAUGGAUACGAGUUCCAUAAAAACCAUCCAACUUCAACAGUUUGGAUGAUGCGGUCAAAGGACCAAGCAUCAUUGCAGAUGUCUAUGACGAAACUAGCGAACAAACUUGACAUCCUCACAGGAAAAACUAAGGACACAGAAAAUCCAAUCAAUGAACUUGGACGUAUGAUUGCACACGUCCUACUCGAAAAAACAACAGAGAAGCCACACAUUAUCAUCUUCGAUGAUGUCGAUGAAUUAUGUCAGAAAAUUGUAGAAGGCCUUAUCAAAAUGUUUGUACCAAUGAAAAAAUCACAUGGAAGCAUCAAAUUCAUCGUCACCACCAUGGAUACACUGUUGAAAAUGCCAAAGAUCCCAAGAACAAAGCGCAUUUCGGUAGACGGGUUUACCGAAGAGGAAGCCACAUCAUUCUUAAGCGGGAACCAAACAUGUGAAAUGUCAGAAACAGAUGCACUCAAAAACCUGGCUUUAAGUAUGAGUCGUCUUCCUUUAGGUCUCAGCUGCGCCAAAACAUACAUGACAAAUUGUUCCAAAAGUGGCAAAGCAUUCUUGAAGCUUUUGAAAGCAAACACAUUGAAAAAGCUUGACUGUAAUCUGAAGCAGCACGAUGCAAGUAAACGAAGUCUAUUCAGCAACCUGGACACUCUUAUUAGAAUCAUGGAGAAGGACCUAGAUAAAGAUGCGACUGAAAUGUUCAAAAUGACCCAAUUUCUAGAAAGUGAAAAUAUCCCAACAAUAUUGUUUGAGCUGAUGUCCACGUCAUCUGGUAUCAACAUUGGUGACUUAGAUAAAGACAUUGAGAAUGAUGUUGAGACAUGUAACUCAGUCAGCACCGAUUCUUUAGUCCAGGCUGUUCAGAAGUUUUCGUUUGGAACCGUUCAGGGAAUCGAUGACAAAAGGAUAAUACAUACACAUACAGCAGUAUCACUUACGUUAGGAGCAUUUACUGAUGAGAAUACGAAGAUGCGACUACUUAAGAGGUUGCUUUGGACAUUUGCAUUGAUCUUGGAUAAGGACAAUCGAAAUCAGGAAGACCACAACCUCAUGGUGUCUGUCCUACCUCAAGCCAAAUCUGUCCUCCUGCAUGCAAUGAAUAUGAUGAAAGAUGACCUCGAAACGUACUUGCUUAUAGCAUUUGUAAAUGACCUCGUCGCAUAUAUUAGCAAUUUUGAAGGGUUGUUGGCUUUGGAAAAGUACCAUUCCGAAAAAUCUCUUGAUUAUUGGUACAAGGUCAUGGAGACCACAGAAAAAGAGAUGAAUGAAGGGUUGUCUUAUAAGAAACAACUGUGUACUACAUAUGUAGAGCAUCGUGAAUUCGCGAGAGCAAAAGCAAUUGUUAUAGAUAAGAAAUUGACAACACUUCGACAGCGCUACGAACAAAAAAUAGAUGGAUUCAUCGGACAUUUCAUCCUGCAGAGGAGAAGAACUCGAGCAGAUGUCAAAUUACUAUCCAAAUACUUGGAGAAUUACGAAGAGGAAGCAUUGACGAUGCCACAGUAUCGAAUACUUUGCGAAAAGGAAAGGGCUGUCCCUCUCGAAAAUAUGACUGAUACAUUCAUCAAAGAAAUGAUUUUGUACACAUUUUAUACAUAUGGGCGACGGAUAUUUUACAUUGGAAAGUGUUGCAGGGAUGGAAGAGAAACGCAAAUUUUGUCACUACUUGUUUCUUGCUGCCCAACUCGGAGAGAUCCUGCGAAGAAAUUCUCAACAGUUCUUACCACUGUACUCUUUGCUUGCUCAGAGGAACGGCAUCCUAGAGUUGAUUUUUGAAGAUAUACCUGAGUUAGGACUCGCCACUGUUGACA